GUCCCCCUGUCCUCUGGGCGCGCACUGAGGGCUCUGCUCGCCCUUCCGCGCCCAGGGCGCACGGGACUCCGGCCGUGCCAUGAACCGCUGCGCCCUGCUGGGGCUCUGCCUGCUCGGCUACCUGGGCUACCUGCUGCUGGGCGCCCUGCUAGUCUCCUCCAUCGAGCGCCCGUACGAGAGCCGCCUGCGCGCCGAGCUGCGCGACCUCAAGGCCGCCUUCCUGGGGGCCAGCCCCUGCCUGAACGAGAGCGCGCUGGAGCGCUUCCUGGAGCGGGUGCUGAGCGCCAACCGCUACGGGGUGUCGGUGCUGCGGAACGGCUCGGCCGGCGCCUCCAACUGGGACUUCGCCUCCGCCUUCUUCUUCUCCAGCACCCUGGUCACCACCGUGGGCUACGGCUACACCACACCGCUCUCAGACUCCGGCAAGGCCUUCUGCAUCUUCUACGCCCUGCUGGGCGUGCCCUUCACCAUGUUGGUGCUGACAGCCACGGUGCAGCGCCUGGCCCAGCUCCUCACCCACCGGCCCCUCGUGUACCUGCAGCUGCGCUCUGCCUACAGCCACCGAGCACUGGCCCGGGCCCACUUCCUGCUGCUGCUGCUGGCCGUGCUGGUCGCCUUCUUCCUGCUGCCGGCCGCUGUCUUCAGCACUCUGGAGGAGACCUGGAGCUACCUGGACGCCUUCUACUUCUGCUUCAUCUCGCUGUGCACCAUCGGGCUGGGCGACUAUGUGCCAGGCGAGCAGCCGGGCCAGAGGCUGCGGGCGCUAUACAAGGUCUCGGUCACCGUGUACCUGCUGCUGGGGCUGAUGGCCGUGCUGCUGGUCCUACAGACCUUCUACAAGGCGGCUGAUCUGCACGGCCUCACUGACUUCCUCCUGCUGCCGGCUGAUCACCACCAUGACCAGCAGCCCAUCCUGGAGGCCGAGGUGACGCCGGAGGAGCCGGCGCCUGGUGCGAAGCUGCCACCUGCCAGCACCCAGCUCAACACGGGCAGCCGUGCCAACUACUCCUCCAUCAGCAGAUAGCGGCAGCCCUGUCCUCGGGGGCUGCUCUGGCUGGCGCGGGGAGUGGGCUGCAGAGGC